GCCUUCGUAGCGACGGGCACCAACCUCUCUCUGCAGUUCUUUCCAGCCAACCUCCACGGGGACCAGAGGCAGGUCCCGACCAGGGAGUACGUCGACUUUGAAAGAGAGACGGGGAAGGUCUAUCUCAAGGCUCCUAUGAUCCUGAACGGGGUGUGCGUGAUCUGGAGAGGCUGGAUCGACCUGCAGAGGCUGGACGGGAUGGGAUACCUGGAGUACGACGAGGAGCGGGCGCAGCACGAGGACGCCUUAGCCCAGGCGGCAUUUGAAGAGGCCCGGCGCAGAACCAGAGACUUUGAGGACAGAGACCGGUCCCACAGAGAGGAUUUAGAGUCCAGACGACAGCAGGACCCCAGCCCUGGCUCAAACAUGGCCAACGCUGACGUGGAGCACAAGAUGCGCUGAAGACGAGGAGGACAAACGAGGCGAACCGUCUGCUUCUCUUCAACACUCAUCUUUUAAAAGCAGCAACCUGCAUUAAAACCACAGUUGUAUUCUUUAGCUCUUUUUUGAAACUUUUGUUUUUCUACAUGCCAAAUAUUUUUCCCACAUUUUCAUUAUAAAGAAAAAAAAAUCUAUUUGAACUGACUGAAUUAACGUGAAUAGCAUUUGAGAAAAAAACAAAACACCAAAGAACUUAAAGUGAAAAUUAUCAAAGAUUUAAAACUAGCUUCCAAAAAAAAAAAGCAUCUUUCUGUUGAUAGGAUCCAUGACGAGGAGCAGAGGAGGUUUUUGUGCCUCGGGGUCACGGUUGGGGCUUUUAGCAGCAGAGCGUGAAUCAAAGUGAAGUGUUGACCGUUCGACAAAUAAAAGUUUUUUAA